CCAUAAUGCACACCGUCACCGAGUUGUUGUCGUAGGAUACAAGAGGAAGUCUUAUUUGUGAUCUAGAAUUAGAAUAUUAGUGUUGCAUUGUAUUUAUUCUUUAUCUUUAAAGGCCUACUGUCUCUUUUUAAUUAAUAUAUAGACUAUUGCUGAAUCACAACACUUACUUAAUUACCGGUUACUGUAGAGAGAAGACAUUUUAAAAAAACCAAGUGUUGGUUUAAAGUUUAAGUCAUUUCGCAGGCAUUAUCUCAGUAAGACUGAGUAAGUUUCUUACGUAGCAGACGGCGAACGCCGAAGUCCGUGUUCGUUCUGUCACACUGUACUGAGUGACGCGAUCAUAACAGUGUUAACGCCUACGGCUAACGCUGUUAGCCUAUAAUUUUUUUAUUUAUUUGGAUGUCCAGUAGUAACGGGUCACCUCCUGAAAAACGAGCCCGACUUACCAUUAACUCAACUGACGGUAACUCUGAAGAAAGAAAUAACGGAGUGCUUUUAAAUAUGGAUGGUGUUAAAAAUGGAAGUACUGAAGACAUUGAUGAAAGUUUGUAUUCCAGACAAUUGUAUGUACUUGGCCAUGAAGCUAUGCGCAAGAUGGCAAGUUCAAAUGUCUUGGUAUCUGGAAUGGGUGGUAUUGGAGUUGAGAUAUCAAAAAAUGUUGUGCUGAGUGGUGUUAAAUCUGUGACCAUUCAUGAUACUUUGAAUACUACAUGGAUGGACCUUUCCUCACAAUUUUUUCUGAGGGAAGAUGAUGUUGGUAAGAAUAGAGCCGUUGUUACAUUGCCUCGUCUUUCUGAGCUGAAUUCAUAUGUGCGUGUGUCCAGCAAUACUGAACCCCUGUGUGAAGAGUUCCUUAAGCAGUUUCAGGUUGUUGUGUUAACAAAUAGUAGCCAAGAUGAUCAGAUAAGAUUUGGGGAAUUCUGCCAUUCAAACAAUAUCAAAUUUAUUUCAACUUCCACUUAUGGAUUGUUUGGUCAUAUCUUUUGUGAUUUUGGUAAGAGUUUUGUGGUAUCUGAUGUGGAUGGUGAACAGCCCCUUUCAAUCAUGAUUGCAGAUGUUGAAAAGAGUGAACAAGGUGUUGUAGCUUGCUUGGAUGAAACCCGCCAUGGUUUUAAUGAUGAUGACUAUGUCACAUUCUCUGAGGUUCAAGGAAUGACUGAAUUAAAUGGUUGCAAUCCAAUCAAGAUAAAAGUGCUUGGACCUUACACAUUUAGUAUUGGUGAUACAAGAAAAUUCUCAGACUAUGAAAGAGGUGGUGUUGCUUCUCAAGUUAAGAUGCCCAAAACUUUUCAUUUUAAAUCAAUCAAACAAUCUCUAGAGGAACCAGAGUUCCUAUUGACUGACUUUGGAAAGUUUGACAGACCUGCAAUUUUGCAUAUAGCUUUCCAAGCUCUACAUCAGUAUGUCAAGAAAAAUGGUCACAUGCCAAAACCUCGUUGCAAGGCUGACGCUGAAGAAUUUGUAAAUGUGUUCAAAGAAGUUAAUGCUAAUUCAAAAGCUAAAGUUGAUGAUUACAGUGAAGAACUUUUACAUGAAUUUUCUUACUCAGCCCGUGGAAAUCUUUGUCCUAUUCAAGCAUUUAUUGGAGGAAUAGCUGCUCAAGAAGUUAUGAAGGCCUGCAGUGGAAAGUUCUCACCUCUUGUCCAACAUUUAUACUUUGAUGCGUUAGAGUGUCUUCCCAAGGACAAAUCUAUCCUAACUGAAGAAAGUUGUUCACCUAAAAAUAGUCGCUAUGAUGGUCAGUUAGUUGUUUUUGGUGACAAGUUCUUGGAUGUAGUUCAAAACUUGCGCUACUUCCUUGUUGGAGCCGGUGCUAUAGGCUGUGAAAUGUUAAAGAACUGGGCAAUGAUGGGCUUGGGUAGUGGUGAAAGAGGACAGAUUUUUAUUACAGAUAUGGACCGCAUUGAAAAAUCCAAUCUUAACAGGCAGUUUCUUUUCCGAACAUGGGAUGUAGAGAAACCCAAGUCAUCAACUGCAGCUAAAGCUGUAUUAGCAAUGAACCCCAACAUUAAAAUUGAUGCUCGUGAAGACAGGGUAGGACAAGAAACUGAAAACAUUUUUACUGACAGUUUCUUUGAGAACUUGGAUGGUGUUGCUAAUGCUCUUGACAACAUUGAUGCAAGAAUGUACAUGGAUAGGAGGUGUGUGUAUUACUGCAAGCCACUUUUGGAGUCAGGCACACUAGGCACUAAAGGGAAUGUUCAGGUGGUCAUUCCACAUGUGACAGAAUCUUACUCAUCUUCACAAGAUCCACCUGAAAAAAGUAUACCUGUAUGCACUGUGAAGAACUUUCCAAAUGCAAUUGAACAUACAUUACAGUGGGCUCGUGAAGAGUUUGAGAAAGAUUUCCAUGAUGAUCCUGAUACUGCUAGCCAAUAUUUAACAGAUCCCAAAUUUUUAGAGAGAACAUUGAAACUUCAGGGCUCACAACCCCUAGAUAUCUUGGAGGCUGUAAAACGCACCUUAGUUGAUGAUCGACCAAAGACAUUUGAGGAAUGUGUAAAAUAUGGGCGUUAUGCAUUUGCAAAGAACUACACAAAUAGAAUAAAGCAGUUGCUUUUUAAUUUCCCUGCUGAUCAGAAAACUAGUACUGGUGCUCCAUUUUGGUCAGGUCCCAAGCGUUGUCCAACUCCUUUAGAAUUUGAUUCAAAUAAAGAAACACAUCUUGAUUAUGUUAUGGCAGUAGCCAAUCUGAAAGCCCACAUAUAUGGAAUUCCACAAUGCAGAGAUAGAAGCAAGAUCAAAGCUAUUGUAGAUACAAUAUCAGUACCAGAAUUUAAACCUAAAGCUGGUGUCAAAAUUGAAGUGAAUGAUAGUGAAGUUGCUUCAGCAUCAAAUAACCCAGAAACAUUAGCUUCAGAUGAUCUCUUGAAUGUUCAGAAAGCCCUCCCACCUCCCGCUUCCUUACCUGAUUUGAAGAUAACACCUCUGGAGUUUGAAAAGGAUGAUGAUUCUAACUUUCAUAUGGACUUUAUUGUAGCAGCAUCAAAUCUUCGAGCUAACAAUUAUAACAUACCAGAAGCUGACAGACAUAAGAGCAAACUAAUUGCUGGUCGAAUCAUUCCUGCUAUUGCUACAACUACAAGCAUGGUUGUAGGCCUAGUGUGCCUAGAACUUAUCAAGCUUGCUCAGGGUCAUAAAGACAUAGAAUCUUUCAAGAAUGGUUUUGCUAAUCUAGCUUUACCAUUCUUUGCCUUCUCUGAACCCAUACCACCAGCAAAAAAUAAGUAUUAUGAAAAAGAAUUCACACUGUGGGACAGAUUUGAAGUUCAAGGAGAAAUGACUCUUCAAGAAUUUAUAGAUUUUUUCCAGAGAGAAUACAAACUGGAGAUCACAAUGUUGUCACAGGGUGUCUGUAUGCUCUAUUCAUUCUUCAUGCAGGCCUCCAAACGUCAGGAAAGGAUGGAUUUGCCGCUAUCUGAGGUAGUAAGACGAGUGUCAAAGAAGAAAAUUCCAGCUCACGUCAAGGCUCUAGUACUGGAGAUCUGUUGUAAUGAUUUAGAGGGUGAAGAUGUAGAGGUGCCUUACGUCAAAUAUAAUUUACCUAAAUAGGUUUGCUGCAUUUGUCUUUUCAAAAUUUUCUAUUGGCAUAACAAUUUUUUUACAUGCAUAGUCUAUCCAGUCAUUUUGUUUCUUAAAAAAAAAAAAAGUGCAAUCAAUGUCUUCUAUAAAAUUUAUGGACCUGGUUUGUUAAAAUAUAUAGUAAACCAUCUGUGACAACCAUUUGAUACCAAUCUCAUUUGCUAACUGUGCUGUACACAAUUUAUAAGUCAGUUUUGUUAGGUGAAUUAGUUAUAUUGUGAAAUAGCUUUCCCACUCAACUUAAGGGGAAGUGUACAAAUCCUCCACUAUUGAAUUUUUUCAUAAAUAAAUUAUUAAUAAUGCAUUUUUGUUGUAAUUGUGUAUUUCUCCUUAAAAGUGGUAUGAGAGGAUGAGUAAAAAAUAUAUCAAAACUCC